AUGGAGCUACAUGCGCCGUCUGUCCUGGCCCAAUUACCACUCCCAUUGGAGACUUCGGCUGGUAAAUGCCAAUUGGGUGAGGUUUAUGGAGUGGACGGUUCCAAGAAAAGGAAACGACAUGAGGUUACGGCCGCUAUUGACGGGGAGAGUGUGAUCAUCUACAAUGUUCAAUUUCCGAAACUAGUCACCUCCUACGCAAUCCCGCCGCAAUCAUCGUUCUCGUGUCCACCGUUGUCUGUGCGGCAAAAAUCAACUCAGAAAUACGCAGCCGCAAGAAGACGUACUUAUUGUGCUAUAGAACAACCGGAGAACCAAAUCCAGUGCUUCUUGGACGAGUCUACUACCGGCACCCACAAUACACUCAACAUUUCCAGCUCAUCCUUCAAGCUGAAAGAAUCCCGAAGCCCUGUCGUCUUUCUUAAUAUCAUACCUGCGGUUUCGGAAGCAGGGAAACAGCAGGACCCCUUCGAUAUUCUUUUAGUACAUAGAGAUGGACGAGUGCGCAGGCUAUCUCCGGACCUCCAGACUCAGAAGUGGAAUGUCUUGCCAGACCUUGCGAUUGAGCAGCCUGCCAUGUAUGAAAUCCAAACUGGCUUUCUUGUUAGUUUCGAAGAUGUUCGUAAAUCUCUGUUUAAGGAAAGACAGGACAUAGUAGCAACAGUGCUAGGGGAUGAGAUUGGGACAGAGUCAGCCGCCUCAUCUGUGCUAGUGCUUGUUUCCAGGCCAAGUGGCCAAGAGAAAUUACUUCCCAGUGACAUCAAAGUCGUCGUGUUUUGUAUACCAACUCGCGCUGCUGAAAACGAUUUCUCGAUAAACCAGUCAAAACGAUUACGGCAUCUCAUGACUAUUAGCCUUCCGGAUUUGGAAGACCACAAGCUGUCUUUUGGAACACAGUCCCACCAAUGGAACUUUUACCCUGCCAGCAGUAGUCUCUCAUUGACUUUUGCAAACGGGUUCAUUAAUUAUGAUAUAUCGCAAUACUCACCAGAUAUAUCAUCUCAUAUGAUUCUUCCCGAAGAACAUUUCUCUUCCAUCAUGCGAAUAUCCCCGCAGUCUGUCAUUGGCGCCCGUAAAUCGUCUGUCGCUAUUUAUAACCCUCGAUAUCAAUCGAUUCAAGGAGAUCUUUCGUUAGAUGAUAUUUCUCCUGUAGGAACGACAAAACCAGAUGCUGAUAAGGGGGACCCGAUCGUGUUUAUUUCAUACUUCGCGAAACUUGGAAUUGCCGUUGCAACACGCGGGGAGACACUUCUAGGAUUUGACCUAGCGUCAUCCCAUGAUGUGUCUCUAAAUCAGGCCAGCGACGGUCUUUUGAUAAAUGCAAUUGGGAAAGGAAUCCAAUCACCAGAAUAUACCGCGCGGAUAGCAAUGGACAAACCAGUGGACAACAUGCAGCAGGUGGGACUUUCAGAGCCGCAUGAAGUUGCACAGUGGGCUGCAUUAAACGAGAAACUUGAUACGCUGGUGAAAGAUAAAGACCCUGGAAAGUUUGACAGAACUAUACAAGAGGCAUUAAGUAAGAUGUCAACAGCAGGAGGAGAUGGAAAAUCUAGACAUUUACGGGGAUCAACGGUACUUGUGGAACCGGAAAAGAUAUAUUUCCUUCUCGGAAAGAUAUUUUCUUUGAGGACAACAACCACUGAGCCAAAGGCAUCGAAGCUGGUCGUCUCCUUCCUGCCACCUAAAACAUUUAAGUGGCUUAUAAGCUCUCAUCACCUCAGUCUGAGCAACAUUCAAGCUGCUCUUCGCCAUUCGAUGCACCCGAAAAUACCACCUCCAAUACCCAGUGGCUCAUUAGUUCGAGCGCUCUCUGAACAUUCACUCCAGUUAUUACUUCAGGUAUUACGAGGCCCAAUAAAUCUUGAAGCAGUUGAACUCACCCAUGCACUGAAAAUCCUGCUGGACGUCGCCCGCUCCCGUCAACAGAGACCAGAAGAGGAACUACCUAAAACCAUCACCGAAUCUCCACACCCAACCAAAGAAAGCAUCGCGCAAGAGAUAACACAAGGACACCAUAACACAUCCUCCAAUACCAGCAACGGCCCCGACACCAUCACAGAUGCCAUCACCGGCCUCAACUUAACUCUCACAAAGCUCCACUUCCACCCGUUCGACAAAGUAACGCAAUCUAUCCGCUCCGUUCUCUCCAACUCUGACACACUCUCCAUCAUCCACCAUCUUCGUCACUCCCUCGCUACCGGCGGCUACACCUCACCAUUCGUGGAACAAUCGACGACUCCCCUUCCCGCUGACCCUAAAACCCCCACCCUCGACCUGUCAACUAUGGUUGAUCUGCUAACCUCCUGCAUCGACGCCAUCGGCCCCAGCGGCUGGAUCUCGGCCGCCGCUUUCGCUGGCGGAGAAGAUAGCGAAGCAUGCCUAAUUGCAGACAUGAAGUCCGAGAUCUCAGCUGCAUUGGUUGGUGUCGAGGAGGCGACGUAUCUGAAGGGAAUAUUGCGGGAAUUCAUCAGAUAUGCUGAAACAGCCAUUGCUACCAAUGCUAAUAAUAGCAAUGCCUACCACCGCAGCCGGAACAGCAAACAUAGUCCAGUCCAAGGUGCUACAUUAGGAGGGCCUCCUGGCAGUCGCCUAAAGCGCAAGGAACGCCAUAACGGUGCUGACAUUCUCAUAUAUGACACGGAGAACAUCAAUGGUAUAAACGGUGCACUCAAUAGCGACAAACAAAUGCUUCCUCUUUCUCUUAAGCGAGUGGCAAUUGGUGGAGAAAUGAAUCAAGAUGUCGGUGGCGCUGCGGCUAAUGGUGUUAAGGUUGGUGAAGAAGUGAGCAGGAGUAAGAUCCGGAGGACGACAGGUGAGGUUGUGCAGAGGAGUGAACGAGAACUAGGGUAUUUGAGGCGAAAGGCGGUGGGGAAGUAUUCAUUUGAGAAGAUUGUCAUAUAG